UCCCCAUAAACUGCCGCGCGCACCACACGCUCAAUUCCACUCCCACACCACGCACGCACGCGCGCGCCUCCCCCCGCUACAGGCACAGCCGGCCAGCGAGCGCGCGCACUGGUGCAGCAACGAUGGCGCUGGUCUCCUCCUCCUCCGCCACCGCCGUCGCGGCGCUCCCCAGCAACGGGCUGGCCGGCGCCCGGACCUCCUUCCUCGGCGCUGCCGGCAAGGCGGCCGCGUCGCGCACGUCGUUCGCCGUGCGCGCCGCGGCGCCCGAGAGGCCCAUCUGGUUCCCCGGGAGCACCCCUCCCCCGUGGCUUGACGGCAGCCUUCCCGGAGACUUCGGCUUUGACCCAUGGGGUCUUGGAUCCGACCCGGAGAGCUUGCGGUGGAACGUGCAGGCGGAGCUGGUGCACUGCCGGUGGGCGAUGCUGGGCGCGGCGGGCAUCUUCAUCCCAGAGCUGCUGACCAAGAUCGGCAUCCUCAACACGCCGUCGUGGUACACCGCCGGGGAGCAGGAGUACUUCACCGACACCACCACCCUCUUCAUCGUGGAGCUCAUCCUCAUCGGCUGGGCCGAGGGCCGCCGGUGGGCAGACAUCAUCAAGCCAGGCUGCGUCAACACCGACCCCAUCUUCCCCAACAACAAGCUCACCGGCACCGACGUCGGGUACCCCGGUGGUCUGUGGUUUGACCCGCUCGGCUACGGCACCGGCUCGCCCGAGAAGCUCAAGGAGCUGCGCACCAAGGAGAUCAAGAACGGCCGCCUGGCCAUGCUCGCCGUCAUGGGCGCGUGGUUCCAGGCCGAGUACACCGGCACCGGCCCCAUCGACAACCUCUUCGCUCACCUCGCCGACCCCGGCCAUGCCACCAUCUUCCGGGCCUUCGCCCCCAAGUAAGGAACACGUUGGGAGUUAGCAACAAAUCCGAGGAGUGUGCUACCACGGGGAAGAAGAUCGCUGGUGGAAUUAGAUUAUUUUUCCCGUGGAUGAUGGUAUGUAAUUGUGGAGCAAUGCAUGCUUGUUGGAUGUGUACUUGUACUCUGGUGUAACCGAUGUAAAAAAAAAUGAAUACCCUUUUGAAGCUUA